AUGUCAGCAACAAAGACUCAGGAGCAACGCACCGAGGCAACGAACACGGGAAUAGAAGCGUGUCCAGAUACUCUAGAACCCCCUCAUGAAUCGCAGACAGCUGAGAAAGACAUUGUCGACAAUGAUGUCUCUUGCAAACGAAACAAUCAUGGUGAAAUUUCACAUAUACAGCCAGUUCCCGAUGAAACGCUGCAUAUACAGCGGCCAGCAAUUUCUGUCCCGCCGAUUGAAAGAAUAUCGGUCAAGACAUCCCCUGGACCGAGGCAUAUCAUGACAAGUCAAGAAUACUCUUCGAUAGCAACAACGUACCCAGUAACCACAUCUAAAUUUGAAUAUGUGCCAGUCAAUGAAAGAGUCACUCCAUUGAACCAACUUACAACGAAGACACCACAGCAGAUAGACUGUAUGUUCUGCGAGAAAAGAGCAAUGACCCGUAUCGUGGAGGAGGAAUCAGAUACGACCAUGUUGGCUGCUGUUCUCUGCUGUCUAACUUUCGGGUUUGGUAACACCUUCGCUCAUGUGUGCACUUAUUGUGGAAACAAAGUUGCCAUCAAGCCAAAUGAUAGUCCAUUACAAGUACAGAGGCCACAACAAACAGCCUCUGUUCCCUCUCAGUUUGCACCAGCCCCCAGGCGGUGA